AUGCUUAUCGGUAGUAAUAGGAAACGCGAAAGCAAAGUUGAUUUGACUGUCUCUAUUUUAGAUCAUAGUAUAAGUAAUGUUUGCAGCUUUAAAUACCUCGGUAUACAUAUAUCUUCGGAUUUCACAUGGACUGAUUAUAUUGAACACCUAACUGGGAAAAUCAAUCAGAGGCUUGGGCUUCUCAAGCGUAUAAAGCAUUUAUUGCCUUUCAGGGCGCGUCUACUUUUCUAUAAAAGUCUUGUUUUGCCCCUUUUUGAAUAUGCUGAUCUUGUAUGGGGCGAUAAACAUAAUAUUACCCUUAUGUCUAGCUUGCAAGUUUUGCAAAAUAAGGCCGCUAAAGUUAUUUUAAAUAAACCAUUGUACUCAUCCUCCAUUGAGGCAUUAGCCGUUCUCAAGUGGCUGAAAAGGCGAUUUCAAAGAAGGUGUGUACACGUAUACAAAUGCAUCAAUGGCUUAAUUAAUCACGAUAUAGACUUGAUUAGACAAGACGUACUUCAUAGGCAUAAUACACGUAACAAAGGCAAUUUUAGAUUACCACGUGUCAAAAGAAAUUGGGGGAAGCAAAUAACACAAUAUCAUGCCGUUUCCGAUUUUAACUCCCUCAGUCAGACGAUCAAAGACUCAAGGAAUGUAAAUAGUUUUAAACGUAAUGUUUUUAAGUUUUUAAUAUAG